CUGUGCCUUCGAGCUUCUCUGGUUUGUGCAAGAAAUGGAGCUGGUUUUCUAGUUUCAGGGUCUGAUUGUCGGAGGUUGUAUGCAGAGUUUUUCCUGAGAAAAUGGCUACAGAAUCGCAAGCAGUUGCAGGGAAGCCCAGCGCUAAAAGACAAGCAUGGUUCUGCACCAAUGGCUUACCGAGUGACAUUGUCAUUGAAGUGGACGAUAUGGCUUUCCAUCUCCAUAAGUUUCCUCUAAUGUCGAAGAGCCGGAAACUAGAUAAUUUGAUAACUCGGCGAGAAGAAAACUACGGUACUCCUACCAGAGAGAAUCAAAAUGAAAUUACCGAAUCGGAGGAACAGGAAGAAGAUGAAGUUGAGGAAGAACAUUGCCAUAUUGUGCUCUCUGAUUUCCCCUGCAGCUCCGAGAUCUUUGAGAUGGCAUCGAAGUUUUGCUACGGUGUGAAGAUCGACCUCAAUUCUUCCAAUGUCGCUUCUCUCCGCUGCGCCGGAGAGUUUCUGGAAAUGACAGAAGAGUACAGCGAAGAUAAUCUAAUUUCGAAAACUGAGAGAUUCCUCUCUCAGACUGUACUCAAAAGCAUCAAAGAGUCGAUCAAAACGCUGAAAUCUUGUGAACCUGUAAUGCCUCUAGCCGAGACCUUAGGCAUUACGCAGAGAUGUAUAGCUUCGAUUGCUUCAAAAGCGCAUUCAUCCGAUCCGGCUUUGUUCGGAUGGCCAGUCAGUGACGGAGCCAAUGACGCUCAAGAUCAUACGAAGCAGAUGCUAUGGAAUGGAAUCGAAACCGGAGGGCGAAAGAAAAGCGGUGGAAGGGGAAGUAAUGGAGUCUCCUGGUUUGAAGAUCUCGCGCAGCUGAGUCUACCUCUGUUUAAGCAGUUGAUUUUCUCCAUGAGAGAUCAAGAUGUAAGCUCGGAAAUUAUUGAGAGCUGUUUAAUGAACUACGCAAAGAAAUACAUUCCAGGUAUAUCCAGGUCGAACCGGAAGCCAUCCUUGCCUUCCUCCUCUUCGUCUAGUAUGCUAACGGAGACUGAACAGAAGGAGUUGUUAGAGACCAUAAUCAGUAAUCUUCCAUUGGAGAAGAGCUCCAAAACUUCAACCGCAACAAGGUUCCACUUCGGAUUACUGAGGACGGCCAAUAUAUUGAACGCUUCGGAGGCUUGCAAAGCUGCUUUAGAGAAGAAAAUAGGAUCGCAACUCGAACAAGCUACUCUGGAUGAUCUUCUGAUUCCAAGUUAUUCGUAUCUGAACGAGACCUUAUAUGACGUCGGUUGUAUGGAGAGAAUCUUGUCCUACUUCUUGGACGGAUUCGUCGAGAGAAAUGCAACGGAAGAUAAUCAAGCCGAAGAUGACGGUCUCAGAUCGCCAGCGUUAAUGCUCGUCGGCAAAUUAAUAGAUGGAUAUCUCGCCGAGAUCGCGUCCGACUCAAAUCUGAAGCUGGAAAAAUUCUACAACCUGGCAAUUUCUCUCCCCGAACAGGCUAGACUCUUCGACGACGGUGUUUAUCGAGCCGUCGACGUUUACCUCAAGGCGCAUCCGUGGAUCUCGGAAGCUGAACGCGAUAAGAUCUGCGGAGUAAUAGACUGCCAAAAGCUGACAUUAGAGGCAUGCACCCACGCCGCUCAAAACGACCGACUUCCACUGCGAGCAGUAGUACAGGUCCUUUUCUUCGAACAGCUGCAGCUUCGUCACGCCAUCGCCGGAACACUCAUAGCCGCCGAGUCAGUUCCGCCGGAGACCGGAAGAUUCUCAGCCGUUUCCCGUCGCGAAACGGAGGAGAUGCAACAGGGAGACGAAAUGGAGGAUGAAGUUCCGGCCGCAAUAGCGCACGAGAGCGGCACGUGGAGAGAGACGGUGAGGGAGAAUCAGAUGCUUCGCUUAGACAUGGAUAGCAUGAGGACGCGAGUACAUCAACUUGAAAGAGAAUGCUCGACGAUGAAGAAACUAAUCGAUAAGAUCGAUAAACCGGAGGCAGAACCACAAGACGGCGGCCGGCGAUGGCGAGGGUCGUUGAUCAGGCGUUUCGGAUGUAAGUUCAAAACUCAGGUAUGUGAUUCGCAUGAAUCGGCGGUUCUUGAUGGCCGGAGAGGACGAAACCACCAUCCUCAGCAGUAGAACCUCCUGCAGCCACCAGGCUUAUUCAUCAUGCCGCCAAGCUCGGUGGAAAGGGCCUUGGGACUUCUUUUUUCAAAUGGCUUGCCUCUU